AUGAAUGGCGAGGAGCAGUACUACGCGGCCACGCAGCUGUACAAGGACCCUUGCGCGUUCCAGCGCGGCCCGGCGCCAGAGUUCAGCGCCAGCCCCCCUGCGUGCCUCUACAUGGGCCGCCAGCCCCCGCCGCUGCCGCCGCCGCCGCCGCCGCCUCCAUUCCCCGGCGCCCUGGGCGCGCUGGAGCAGGGCAGCCCCCCGGACAUCUCCCCGUACGAGGUGCCCCCGCUCGCCGAAGACCCCGCGGUGGCGCACCUCCACCACCACCUCCCGGCUCAGCUCGCGCUCCCCCGCCCGCCGGCCGGGCCCUUCCCGGAUGGAGCUGAGCCGGGCGCCCUGGAGGAGCCCUGCCGCGUCCAGCUGCCUUUCCCGUGGAUGAAGUCUACCAAGGCUCACGCGUGGAAAGGCCAGUGGGCAGGCGGUGCCUACGCAGCGGAGCCGGAGGAGAACAAGCGGACGCGCACCGCUUACACUCGCGCGCAGCUGCUGGAGCUGGAGAAGGAGUUCCUGUUCAACAAAUACAUCUCCAGGCCGCGCCGGGUGGAGCUGGCCGUCAUGCUGAACUUGACCGAGAGACACAUCAAGAUCUGGUUCCAAAACCGCCGGAUGAAGUGGAAAAAGGAGGAGGACAAGAAGCGCAGCGGCGGCACCGUGGCCGCGGGCGGCAGGGACGCGGAGCCCGAGCAGGACUGCGCGGUGACCUCGGGCGAGGAGCUGCUGGCGCUGCCGCCCCCGCCGCCCCCCGGGGGUGCUGUGCCGCCCGCGGUCCCCGCCGCCGCCCGAGAGGGCCGCCUGCCGCCUGGCCUUAGCGCGUCGCCUCAGCCUUCCAGUGUGGCGCCUCUGCGACCGCCAGAAUCUCGGUGA